AUGGUGCUCCUCACCUCGUCGCAAGUCUCGGUGCUCCUCUCCUCGGCCAUUGUUGUCUCAUGCACCGCGGCCCUGUUCCUCAGCGGCUACGUCAUCCAACAGCGCACCCUCAACCAGCUGCGCGAGGCCAUCAAGCCCGACUCGCGGCCCUCGCCCAAGGCGUCGUACUACGUGCCGGAACACCUCCAGGAUGUCGCCGGAGGCGCCAACAGGCCGGCGGGGAAGCAGCAGCAGAUCGUCAUCGAGGUGAACCCUACGAUGCCAGAGCAGCAGCAGCAGCAGCCACAGAAACACAAGAAGAAGGCCGGGCAAAAGCUGGCGGGGUGGACGUCCGAUAUGUGGCAGAAGAUGGUGGCCCCGCCCGAAAUAGAUGACAAGGGUGGUGUCACCAGGGCCGAUCUAGAAAAUAUGGGCGAAAGGGAGAGGAACAUCGAGGGGUGGAAUGUCAAGGACCAGAAGAACCCGGAUCCCGAAGCGUCGAGUCAGAAGCCCGUCAGCCGUGCCGAAAGGCGAAAAAUGAUCAAGGAGGAGCUGCGGCGGUUAGCAGAAAGUGAGGAGAAGGUCUACUACCAGCGUCGACUUUGGUAA